AUGGACUCAGACUCUGAUUCACCUUUUAAUUACUCUUGGCCUUCGUUGCCUAAAAUGAGGAUUCGAAGAAGGGCAUCCAAACCAGAGCAGAGACACUCUACCCUUGAUGUUCUCAGGAAACUCAAGGCUCCACCUACUUUCUUUGCUGCAACCAGACUUUCUGCCAUGCUGAGUGGAAGUGAUGAAGUAUAUGCAAACUGCAUGGUAGUAGACCAAGCUGGAGAUUUAAAGACUAACUAUGUUCAUGGAGAUGGUGUCAGCAGUGAAUAUUUGAAUCCCACCAACUCAAUCCUGAUGGCUAAGAGCUCUUCCUCUCCCUCCCUUGAGGAGAAUGACCAAUAUGUAUAUGUUCCAAAUGAAGAAAAUGAAAGGUCAAUGAAAAAUGGAGAAAAUGCAGGUUUAAGACAUACUGUUUCACCUUCUGAUCUGUAUGGAGCAGAUUCAUACCUUCCAUUCAAGACCCACGGAUUUAUUAAGGAUCGGGGCCAACUGUAUGCUGAUGUGAAAAAAAGAAGUUCAAGUCUCGAUGACCUUGAAGUAGACGGUGGAAGUGGAGGUGUUUCAGACAGAUCCCAUGUUCACUAUGCUCCCCUCAGCUCUUCAGAGGCCAUGGCUUGUAGCAGAGAUGGAUUAGACUUACCUACCAGUCUGCAGCCCAAGGAAUGCACAGUGUCUGGGAUUCGGUCACGCUCCUAUUCCUGCUCCUCGCCCAAAGGUUUAUUAGGAAGACCUCGCAUUCCUCGGGACUUCACAGCUGGGGAUUUGAAUGAAGAGCGAGCGUACAGCCUGCCCGAGCAGUCCCGAGAGAAAAGGAUUCAGGAGGAGGAAUGGAAUAAAUACAUUGUACCCUCAAAAAACGAGUCUGAAAAAUGUAAAGUGAGUCGGACUUUCAGCUUUCUGAUGAACAGAAUGACCAGCACACGGAAUAAGAGCAAGACAAAAAAUAAAGAUACCAAAGAUAAAGAGAAGCUGAGCAGGCACAAUUUUAUGAACGGGACCUUCUCGGGAGUUGUCCCAUGUAUGACCUGUGAAAAGGCCCUCCUAGGAAAGGAGUCACUGCAGUGCUCCCAUUGCAACGUGAUUGUGCAUAAAAGCUGCAAGGAGUCUGCUCCUCUGUGCACCAAGAAAUCCCAGGAGAGAUACCAUAAUAAAAACAAACCCCAAGCAGGUGUAACAAAUUCCCUGCCUGGAGAUGUUUCACAGACAGUGCUCUCCCCAGUGCAUUCUUCUUCCUCUCUGCCUAUCGGACUGUCUGCUGGAAGGAGGGAAGCCUCACAACAGUCCCACUUCUUGUCCAAAAGUGUCCCCAGUGCCAGUUUUGAAAGGAGGUCUGCACCAUUUUCUGAACAAGACUCCGAGACCAGCACCUGGAGGUCCAAGUCACGGUCUGAAGAGAUGUUACAAGCAUUAGGGACCUUUUCUUCGAUGGAUCAUUUUAUGAUGGAAGAUGAUGUGGAUUUGUCUCAGUGGACUGAUCUCCGCACAGAUGCACAAGAGUUUGAGGCAGAGUCCUGGAGUCUUGUUGUGGAUCCAGUGUUCUGUAGCAAGCAAGAAAAGGAUGUCAUCAGGAGGCAGGAUGUCAUUUUCGAGCUGAUGCAAACAGAAGUGCAUCACAUCCAUACCCUGUUCAUUAUGUCUGAAAUAUUCAGGAAGGGGAUGAAAGAAGAACUGCAGCUGGACCACAGCACAGUGGACAGAAUAUUCCCCUGCUUAGAUGAGCUACGGGAGAUGCACAGGCAAUUCUUUUGCAGAAUGAAGGAGAGACGGCAGGAAUCAUGUGAGGCAGGGAAUGAACGUAAUUUUGUCAUCAGCAGAAUUGGAGACAUCCUUGUGCAGCAGUUUUCAGAGGAAAAUGCAACUAAAAUGAAGAAAAUAUACGGAGAGUUUUGCAGCCAUCAAAAAGAAGCUGUUAAUCUCUUCAAAGAGUUGCAACAAAACAAGAAGUUCCAGAAUUUUAUUAAACUGAGAAAUAGUAACCUGCUGGCACGACGCCGAGGAAUCCCUGAGUGCAUUUUGCUCGUCACCCAGCGAAUCACCAAAUACCCUGUUCUGGUUGAAAGGAUAUUGCAGUACUCAAAAGAAGGAACAGAAGAACAUAAAGACCUCUGCAAAGCCCUUCGCCUAAUCAAGGACAUGAUUGCAGCAGUAGAUUUGAAAGUGAAUGAAUAUGAGAAAAAGCAAAAACUGCUGGAAAUUCUCAGCAGAACUGAAAACAAAACAUACACAAAGCUGAAAAAUGGCCAUGUUUUUAGGAAGCAAGACUUGAUAAGAAAAGAGAGAAUACUUCUUCAUGAAGGUUUAGUGUACUGGAAGACAGCGACUGGUCGAUUCAAAGACACCUUAGCUCUGCUUCUAACCGAUCUGCUACUGUUCUUACAAGAAAAAGAUCAAAAAUACAUCUUUGCAGCUGUUGACCAGAAGCCUUCUGUAAUCUCCCUUCAGAGGCUCAUAGUAAGAGAAGUAGCCAACGAAGAAAGGGGGAUGUUUCUGAUUAGCGCUUCAUCUGCAGGGCCUGAGAUGUAUGAGGUUCAUACCAACUCCAAAGAGGAACGUAACAACUGGAUGAGGCAUAUUCAAGAUGCAGUGGAAAGUUGUCCAGAGGAAGAAGAAGAAGGAAAAAUGAGUGAGUCUGAUGAGGACAGACGUAUCGCUGACGCCAAAGCAUACAGAAUUCAGAAAUGUCAAGAAUCACUGAGUAACCAGGACCAGCAGAUCUGCAGUUAUUUGGAAGAGAAGCUGCAUAUCUAUGCAGAGCUGGGAAAUAUGAGUGGGUUUGAGGAUGUUCAUGUGGAGCCUCACCUUCUUAUCAAACCUGAUUCUGGAGAAACUCCACAGGCUGCUUCAUUGCUGGCAGCAGCACUCAGAGAAGUUGAAAGUCUCCAUGUUGCUGUAACGACAUCACAAUUGAGUGAAACAGACAGAUCAGCAGAGGAAAAUAUUGAGGAAUUUAGCGUGAGGCACAGAUUUAGUGCCAGUGACAUCUUGGAAUCUGUUCCUGGUGAUACAGAAAUAAAAGAAGUUGAAGAAUCAUCUGAAGUUGAUCUCAGUGUUGAAAAGGAAAUGGCAGCUGCCAGCCUAGAGGAUAAGGGAGGAAGUAUGAGUUUCCCACGAUCUACAGGGACAGAGGUCAUACAAGCAAUCCAGAACUUAACCCGUCUCUUGUACAGCAUACAGGCAGCACUAGCUAUCCAGGACAGCCACAGAGAGCUCCAAAGGUUACUCCUGCAAGAGAAUGAGAAGACCAGUCGGGGCCAUGGUUCUCGGCUAAACCUCCUUCUGGAACAAGAGAAAUACCGGAAUCUGGAAAAACAAAGGGAGGAGCUGGCCAACAUACACAAACUGAAGCAGCAGUUUCAGCAAGAGCAGCAGCGCUGGCUGCGCGAAUGCGACCAGCGGCAGCGGGAGCAGGAGGCCAGGGAGGGCCGGCUGGGCCAGCGGGAGAGGGAGUGCGGGUGCCAGGAGGAGCUGCUGGAGAGGAGCCGCCAGGGACUGGCGCUGCAGCUGCAGGAGUACCAGCAGAGCCUGGAGAGGCUCCAGGAGGGCCAGAAAAUGGUGGAGAGAGAAAGAGACAGUGUGAAAAUGCAGAAGCAGCUCCUCUGGCACUGGAAGCAUGGUCAGCAAAGCAGCCUGUUGUCAUCCACAGGGAGCUAUGAGAUAAUGGGACAUAAUCAAUUGGACAGCUUACAUAGCGAAAAUACAUUCUACUUAAAUGAAGCUGUAGUGUGUGUUUCUCUAAGCAGUCUCAACAGAUCAGAUUCUUCUCUCGUUCAUGAGGAUGGUGUGUAUGGACUGAACAUCGCAAAUUCUGAUGCAGCAAGGACUAGUGAAAAUCAGAUGGAUCUCAAAAUGGACACUUGUCAGCCAGCGUUAACCAGUGCACUGUGGAAAUCCACUGGUCCUUACCAGCAGAUGUCUUUUUCCUGCAAAAGCAACAAGGAUGCUUUUAAUAAUG